UCUUUCUUUCUCUUUUGAAACAGCGUCUCUCUUCCCACGAACAGAAUCUUCUCCGCCAAUCUUCUCUAUCUCCCUCUCUCUUCCUGUUCAUAAAUACAUGCAUCUGUAAAUAUAUAUAUUCACCACCAAUCCCUCUUCCCCUCCCUCUCCUUCUCUCUCUCUAUCUCUCUCUCGGGCCUGCGUAAACGCCAUCCAAGGAGACGACCGCAGUAUCUGAAGACGAUCCGAGCUGAAGGAAGGGGCCAAUGGGGUCGAUCCCACCUGAGCUGAGCUUGGAUUUCAGGCCGUCGUUCGUGCCGGCGACGAUCGGGGAUCUCCUCCGGGAGGUGUCCGCCAUCGGGGACGCCCGCGCCAGGUCGUCCAGGCUCGAUGGUUACGUCGCCAGGCUGCAGGAGGAGAUGCACAAGAUCGACGCCUUCAAGCGCGAGCUCCCGCUCUGCAUGCUGUUGUUGAAGGACGCUAUUUCGGCAUUGAAAAUGGAGUCGGAGCAAUGCGCUGCACCGACGAGCGCUCAGCCCGUACUGGAGGAAUUCAUCCCACUGAAGAAGGACAAAGAUGAAGACGACGAAAAGCUCGAAUUAAAGAAAGAGACAGACGAUUCUAGAGAUAAGAAGAACUGGAUGAGCUCCGUCCAGCUCUGGAACACGGAUAGUAGUCCCUCCGCCGUUCACUCUCCUGACCUUAAACAAGAACUCAAACUAGAAACCACGGCAAAUCAGGCACAGACUCUCUCUGCAACGGAAGAUAUACUUGAGACAUGUAAAGGGAGAAAUGGGGGGAGGCCAUUUGUGCAACUCAAGGGGUACUCGCCUUUUUCGGUGACCCCGGUCGCUUCAGCCCAGGAGGAGAAAAUGAAAUUGCCUGUUCAAGGCCUCUCGCUUCUCUCUUCUGGGAUCAAGAAUCCGAGGGAAAAGUCAUUUUGUACCGACGCCAGGACAGGAUGUGGGAGAUUGAUUCCAUCCCCUGCCCACACCGUUCAGUCGAAUUUACCGAGCAGAGGACAUCAGCCUCCACAGCAGAAUGCAAGGAAGCAGAGAAGGUGCUGGUCUCCCGAGUUGCACAGGCGGUUCGUCAAUGCCCUGCAACAACUCGGGGGCUCACAAGUGGCUACUCCGAAGCAGAUUAGAGAACUUAUGCAGGUCGAUGGCCUGACCAAUGAUGAAGUGAAAAGUCAUUUGCAAAAAUACAGGCUUCAUACUCGGAGAAUUUCGUCUGCUACAUCUUCCCCUGCAGAUCAAUCAGUUGCCGUUUUGGGGGGUUUAUGGUUAUCCCCGGAUCAGUAUGGCGACUCUCCAAAAGGAAGUAGCUCACAAUCUGAUUCUCCACAAGGUCCACUCCAGUUGGGCGGAAGCAUGGGGGCUACUACCUCAACCACCGGAGGAAACAGCAUGGAGGAUGACGAAGAUGAGAAGUCCGAAUGUUAUAGCUGGAAAAGCCAUGUUAACAAACCCGGUAAAGUUGAUGUAUAGAGAGUUUCAUGGGCAGUGAGUUUUUGCAGAUAAGAAUUAUACGGGACUUAGUAUCUAUGAAUAACGGAUCAUACAUAAAAAGUAGAAGUAUCUCAGCUGAGAUGAGAGGCUUCGAAAUUUUGCAGAGGUAGCUUUCUUUUUUCUUUUGUUGUUAUAUCCUGAACUCCGUUGAGUUUUUGCUUUUACUCGCUACUGCUAUGAGAAAACUGUUGUAAGAGCAUAUAUGAAAGAAGUUGAGGCGAUUUUAUUCAUCUUCGAUCUUACCAUCUAUGUAUGCAUUCUGAAUCAGUAAAUGAUCUGUUUCCUUGUGAGAUC